UUUUUUUUUCGCAAUCAAAUUUUUUAUUUUCAAAGAAAAUUUCCCGGCUUUUCCUGAGCUUUUCAAUGAGUCAUUUUUAUGAAGUAAAAAAUAUAAAAUUUGAUCUGAAAAUUCUGAACCGGAUAUAUGAAAAAUUCACCUUAAAAAUUAGGCAAGAAAUUUUAAUUAAAAACUUAUUUUUAAAGAAAGUUUAAGGAUUUAUUUAAAAAAAAAAACUUUAAAUAUUUAUUCCUGUAAAAUUCAAUCAUUCCUGAUCAAUUUGUUAAGUUUCCUCAUUUGUUGAAAGCUCCUAAAAAAAAUAAUUAAACUCAUGAUAAUUAUUUUCAACCACAUGAAUUUAAAUUAAACUCCAAAAGAGAUAAUUUUCCCCUCAUAAAAUCUCAACUUCAUAAAAGCAAAUUCAGUUUAACUAACUCUCCUCCAUCCAUGUCGUGUCUCUUCACACAUUCAUAAAAUUCAUUCCACACAGAGUAAUUAAAUCUUUUGUGGGGGCAUCGUGAGUAAACAUCCAGGAACACUGCAGUGAUUGUUUAGUGGAGAAUAAAAUUGAAAAUCACCAACAAGACGCCCCAUUCCCACCCCUUUUCUUUUUGGGGAAAAUUCUAUUAAAGUUACCAGCUGGAGUGUGUUGGAAAAACCAAUUGGUGUGUAAUUAAUUUUCAUUGAUCCUCCUUACAUUAAAUGCGGUGAAAUGAAUUUCCCUGCCUGCCUUAUCCUCGUCAAUCUCCUCUGGUUGAUGGGCAAAGUGACCCCGGCUGUGAUUGUGGAAGCACCCACAACGGGGGAUUAUUGCUUCACAACUGACCCAAUUCGAGAGCAAGUUAGGAGAUUUUUCUCAAAAACUGCCUAUCAAUUCAUACGUGGGCAUGAAAACAUCAUCCCCGACAGUGAUUGCCUCCCUGAGAGAUUCUGGCUUCUCUCCCGCCAUGGCACACGAUUAACUCCCGCCAAAGAUACAAAAAUCCUGCGAGAGAAGCUCCCAGAAAUUCAAAAAGAAAUUCUCGAAAAUUAUGCUCGUGAUCCUAAAAACUCCGAACUCUGUGCUGAGGAUCUCCACCUCCUGGAAGCCUGGAAGUGGGAUACAAACGUCACAGAGGAUCAAUCUGAGUACCUCUCGCAGCAGGGAUGGGAAGACUUGAGGGGGAUAGCAAAGUAUUUUCAGCAGCAAUUCCCUCAACGAUUCCCCAGGAAGUAUUCUGAAGAAAAAUUCUUCUUUCGACACACAAAUAAACAGAGAACCGAAGCAAGUUUUCAGGCUUUUGCUGAAGGACUUUUUGGAUCCUAUGCGAAUGUUAAAACUGCCCCAAUUCCAGACAAGGAUACUCUUCUCAGGCCCUAUGAUUUCUCCGAGGAAUGGCAAGAGCAGAAGAAGGAAAUUUACCAAGAAGGAUCAGAAUACAUGAAAUUCCGGAAGAGUCCUGAAUUCCUAAAUGUUCUCGCGAGUGUGUCAAAGAGGGGAGGAUACCGAGAUGUCCAAGCGGCUGAAAAGGUCGAAUUGAUCUUCAAAGCUUGUACUUACGAGCAGGCAUGGAGGAUUCAUGAGCCAAGUUCCUGGUGUUCGCUCUUCACACCGGAUGAUGUAAAAGUCCUUGAGUAUCUGCACGAUCUUGAGGAAUACUAUCUAUCUGGGAGUGGAUCAGAACUCAACAAACUUCUCCCUUUGGAACUACUUGAUAACUUCCUGAAUCACUUUAUUAACGAGUCUGAACCGCGAGUUGUGGCUUUCUUUGCUCAUUCAACAAUCAUUGAACUCUUUCUCACCACAAUGGGUCUGGCGGAGGAUGAAAUGGACCUCAGGGCGGAUAAUUAUGAAGAAAUGAAAAAUCGCAAGUGGCGGACGAGCCUUCUUGCUCCAUUUGCCGGAAAUCUCGCCGUUGUUGGCUUCACCUGCAAGCCCCAAAGUAAAAAUCAUCUAAUGUUCAUUCUCAAUGAGAAAGUUCUGAGUGUUGUGAAUUAGAGAGAGAAGAGAAAAAGAAGUUAAUUGAUCACUUGGCAAAAAUGCUAAUAUUCAAUAAUUCUGACUUUACAAAGAAAACAGGAGAAGAGAAUUCGUUGAAAAUUCAUGUCGCCGAGUGGCCCUGAAAGGGAAAUAAAAAGACCUAAAUAAUGAAUAAUUCCAGAAAUGGGAA